AUGCGCACAGCUCCACAUGGCUCCAAGAUGGCCGACGCGGCGUCCGGCGGCUCCGGCACGCGCCCUGGCAGCAAGCAGGCUGGCACCCCGGCCGACAACUACCACCUGGCCCGGCGGCGGACGCUGCAGGUCGUGGUGAGCUCCCUGCUCACCGAGGCGGGAUUCGAGAGCGCCGAGAAGGCGGCGGUGGAGACGCUCACCGAGAUGAUCCAGAGCUAUAUCUCAGAAAUUGGAAGGAGUGCCAAGUCCUACUGUGAGCACACAGCCAGGACCCAGCCCACGCUCUCGGAUAUCGUGGUUACUCUGGUGGAAAUGGGGUUCAAUGUUGAAACCCUUCCUGCAUAUGCCAAGCGCUCCCAGAGGAUGGUCAUCACUGCCCCUCCUGUGACAAACCAGCCCGUGACCCCCAAGGCCCUGACAGCUGGACAGAACAAGCCUCACCCCUCCCACAUUCCUGGUCAUUUCCCUGAGUUCCCCGAUCCCCACACUUACAUCAAGACGCCGACGUACCGGGAGCCCGUGUCCGACUACCAGGUGCUGCGGGAGAAGGCGGCUUCCCAACGGCGGGACGUGGAGAGGGCCCUCACCCGCUUCAUGGCCAAGACAGGGGAGACCCAGAGCCUCUUCAAGGAUGACGUCAGCACGUUCCCACUGAUUGCUGCCAGGCCUUUCACUGUCCCCUACCUGACAGCUCUUCUCCCCUCUGAGCUGGAGAUGCAGCAGAUGGAAGAGACGGAUUCGUCGGAGCAGGACGACCAGACGGACACCGAGAACCUCCCUCUGCACAUGAGCACGGAUGAUUCAGGACCUGAGAAGGAAAACGCCUCAGUGUUACAGCAGAACACCUCCCUGGCAGGCAGCAGGAAUGGGGAGGAGAACGUGAUAGACAAUCCCUACCUCCGGCCAGUGAAAAAGCCCAAAAUCCGCAGGAAGAAGUGAGGUGGGGCUGGAGUUCCUCUGGCUGCUCAGAGAAGGAGGGUUCAGGAGAGGCAAUCCAACUGAGUGGCCCAGGAAUGGUCUCUGCAGAGUGAACUCCACUCUCAUCCUGGUUUCCAGUGCUCCCUCUUCCGCUUUGCUCUCCUGCUGCCUUGGAAUGGCCGAUGGGCAGUUGUCCUAAAGGCACUGAAGGGAUCACAGGUGGGAUUGUCUGGGAGGACUGGGCUUUGUUUCCACUGUGGGCAGGAUUGACUCUCUGAAGAGCUGGGGGACAGCAGGGUUGGAGCUGGGGCACAGCAGGUUUUUCCUGCUGCCCUGCAGGCUCUGCAGAACACAAAGGCAUCACUGGUGCGUGGCUGCCUGGCAGGCAGGAAAGGAAACUUUUGCCAUCAACCCUGCCAGGCUUUAAUUCUGAGGAAUGUGUAUUAACAGAGACAGAAGAAACCCAGGGAGGUUUCUUACUUUGCAUUCUUGGCAGGUAAAAACAAACAGACUUUUCUUUUAUAAACUCAAGGUGUCUGAUGUGUCAGCAAGGAGUGAAGUGUAAAUACAGAGCUAAGUUGGCAUUUUAUUCUCACUUUGCUGACUGCAGCUGCACUUGGGACUUAAAAGCUCUUAAGUGUGGUGUUUACCCUGCCCUGCUUUGAGAUCACUUUCCAGCAGAAGGACUGGCAACAUUUCACAGCUGCUUCAGGCUGCUUUUCAGUUCUGUUGUUGCUUUCAACUCAGCACAAGCCCUUGGAGAGUUCACGCCUUCACCAGUUGUUUUGGAACUUGGAAUAUGGAAUAAAGCUGCAUUGAUUGCAGGCUGCAAGGCUGUGCUAGUGAUCACAUUUCUUUCAUUUUAUCCAUUCUCAAAUAUGUGCUUUUAUCAACAGAAGUUCCUCUUUUUUCACCCUUUUAUUUCCCCUGAGCAGAAGACUUUAUUUCAGCAGUGAAAAUGGCUGAUGAGGGGAGUGUUGUAAUUAUGAGCUGAUUCUGGAGGGCUUUGCUUUAAUUUUCCUUCAACAUUUUCUUAGGGAAAAUACUGGAAAUUUUUUUGACAAAAGACUCCUGUGGUUUGGUCCAGUCUCCCAAGGAUCCCCAGGUGUUCAUGUUCACCUCUAUGCAGUUAGAGGAUCCUCCCAGGCUUCCCUCUUCCCCCAUCACCCAGGGAGGAGGAAAAGGGAAUAAUUAUUUCAGUGAGAAUGGAGGUGUUUCUGACAGACAGUCUGAAAUUAGAUCUCUCAAAAAUCCUCUGCGUGUGCCAUUGUCACUUCUGCUGGUGCCUUGGUUGUACAGAAUGACAGGUGUACAGAGACAUUGUGUAUUUAUGUAUAUAUCAAAAGUUCUAUCUUUUUUUACUCGGAUUAAGCUUUUUUCGCAAUGAGAAAAUCCCUCGCUGGGGAGGGGAAAGAAGUAGAAUGAAAAUUGUAAUUUUUAUGUUCGUAAUAAAAGAAAUUUUAUCUCCUGAGACCAAAA